CAAUAGGAAGACCUCCAGAAGCUCCCCGCUCAGCGCGGAUGUGUUUGCGGCCUGUGAGAGUAGGCGCUUCGGCACUAGUCUCCCGGGUAGCGGCGCGCAGAAAUCUCGAGCUGGUGGAACCCCCUCGUAAUCUGGAGCCCGGAAGGCCGCGAAGACAAUACAGUUUCCUCAGCGGCGGCUUGUGUCUAGAAAGAUAUUUUAGAAGAAUACAACGAAUUAUACCAAACUGUUGGAAUCAGGGGCGAGGAAGUAGAAGACAUGCACAUUUUAUCCUCUCUCUUCUAAAGGACCGCUGUGGUAAGAAUGUCUUUCCCCCCUCAUUUGAAUCGCCCUCCCAUGGGAAUCCCAGCACUCCCACCAGGGAUCCCACCCCCACAGUUUCCUGGCUUUCCACCACCUGUACCUCCAGGGACUCCAAUGAUUCCUGUACCAAUGAGCAUUAUGGCUCCUGCUCCAACUGUCUUAGUACCCACUGUGUCCAUGGUUGGAAAACAUUUGGGAGCACGGAAGGAUCAUCCAGGCUUGAAGGCUAAAGAAAAUGAUGAAAACUGUGGUCCCACUACUACAGUUUUUGUUGGCAACAUUUCUGAAAAAGCCUCAGACAUGCUUAUAAGACAGCUCCUUGCUAAAUGUGGCUUGGUUUUGAGCUGGAAGAGAGUACAAGGCGCAUCUGGAAAACUUCAAGCCUUCGGAUUCUGUGAGUAUAAGGAGCCUGAAUCAACCCUCCGUGCACUCAGGUUAUUGCAUGACCUGCAGAUUGGAGAGAAGAAGCUACUUGUUAAAGUUGAUGCAAAGACAAAGGCACAACUGGAUGAAUGGAAAGCAAAGAAGAAAGCUUCUAAUGGGAAUGCCAGGCCAGAAACUGUCACUAAUGAUGAUGAAGAAGCCUUAGAUGAAGAAACAAAGAGAAGAGAUCAGAUGAUCAAAGGGGCCAUUGAAGUUUUAAUACGGGAAUACUCCAGCGAGCUCAAUGCCCCCUCGCAAGAAUCUGACUCUCACCCCAGGAAGAAGAAGAAGGAAAAGAAGGAGGACAUUUUUCGCAGGUUUCCAGUGGCCCCACUGAUCCCUUAUCCACUCAUCACUAAGGAGGAUAUAAAUGCUAUAGAAAUGGAAGAAGACAAAAGAGACCUGAUAUCCCGAGAGAUCAGCAAAUUCAGAGACACACACAAGAAACUGGAAGAAGAGAAAGGCAAAAAGGAAAAAGAAAGACAGGAAAUUGAGAAAGAACGGAGAGAAAGAGAGAGGGAGCGUGAAAGGGAACGAGAAAGGCGAGAACGGGAACGAGAAAGGGAAAGAGAACGUGAACGAGAAAAGGAGAAGGAACGGGAGCGGGAACGAGAACGGGAUAGGGAUCGUGACCGGACAAAAGAGAGAGAUCGAGAUCGGGAUCGAGAGAGAGAUCGGGACCGUGAUCGAGAAAGGAGCUCAGAUCGGAAUAAGGAUCGCAGUCGAUCAAGAGAAAAGAGCAGAGAUCGUGAAAGGGAACGGGAGAGGGAAAGAGAGAGAGAGAGAGAACGGGAACGAGAAAGAGAACGAGAGCGAGAGAGAGAGCGAGAAAGGGAACGGGAGCGCGAGAGAGAAAAAGACAAGAAGCGGGACCGAGAAGAGGAUGAAGAAGAUGCAUAUGAACGAAGAAAACUUGAAAGAAAGCUCCGAGAGAAAGAGGCUGCUUAUCAAGAGCGCCUUAAGAAUUGGGAAAUCAGAGAACGAAAGAAAACCCGGGAGUAUGAGAAAGAGGCUGAAAGAGAAGAAGAAAGAAGAAGAGAAAUGGCAAAAGAAGCUAAACGACUAAAAGAAUUCUUAGAAGAUUAUGAUGAUGAUAGAGAUGAUCCCAAAUAUUACAGAGGAAGCGCUCUUCAGAAAAGGUUGCGUGAUAGGGAAAAGGAAAUGGAAGCGGAUGAACGGGAUAGGAAGAGAGAGAAGGAAGAGCUAGAGGAAAUCAGGCAGCGCCUUCUGGCAGAAGGGCACCCGGAUCCAGAUGCAGAGCUCCAGAGGAUGGAACAAGAGGCUGAGAGGCGCAGACAACCACAAAUAAAGCAAGAACCAGAAUCAGAGGAAGAGGAAGAAGAAAAGCAAGAAAAAGAAGAAAAACGAGAGGAACCCAUGGAAGAGGAAGAAGAGCCAGAGCAAAAGCCCUGUCUCAAACCAACUCUGAGGCCCAUCAGUUCUGCCCCAUCUGUUUCCUCUGCCAGUGGCAAUGCAACUCCCAACACUCCUGGAGAUGAGUCUCCCUGUGGUAUUAUUAUUCCUCAUGAAAAUUCACCAGAUCAACAACAACCUGAGGAGCAUAGGCCAAAAAUAGGACUAAGUCUUAAACUGGGUGCUUCCAAUAGUCCUGGUCAGCCUAAUUCUGUGAAGAGAAAGAAACUCCCUGUAGAUAGUGUCUUUAACAAAUUUGAGGAUGAAGACAGCGAUGAUGUACCCCGAAAAAGGAAACUGGUUCCCUUGGAUUAUGGUGAAGAUGAUAAAAAUGCUGCCAAAGGCACUGUGAACACUGAAGAAAAGCGCAAACACAUUAAGAGUCUCAUUGAAAAAAUCCCUACAGCCAAACCUGAGCUCUUUGCUUAUCCCCUGGAUUGGUCUAUUGUGGAUUCUAUAUUGAUGGAACGACGAAUUAGACCAUGGAUUAAUAAAAAAAUCAUAGAAUACAUAGGUGAAGAAGAAGCUACAUUAGUUGAUUUUGUUUGUUCUAAGGUUAUGGCUCAUAGUUCACCUCAGAGCAUUUUAGAUGAUGUUGCCAUGGUACUUGAUGAAGAAGCAGAAGUUUUUAUAGUCAAGAUGUGGAGAUUAUUGAUAUAUGAAACAGAAGCCAAGAAAAUUGGUCUUGUGAAGUAAAAUUCUUUUUACAUUUAGAGUUCCAUUUCAGAUUUCUUCUUUCCCACCCUUCAAAGGACUUUAAAUUUUUUUUUUUUGUCUUCAAAGACGUUUGUGAGAUCUGUAAUUUUUUUUUAAUGUAGAAAAUGUGAAUUUUUUUGUCCUCUAAUUUGUUAAUGCCAUGUGUACUCCCUUGGUUGUAAAGACAUCUGAAUCCUACCAUGGUUCUCUUUAUACUCACCAGGUACAAAUUACUGGUAUGUUUUAUAAGCCGCAGCUACUGUACACAGCCUGAUAUAAUUUUGUUCUGCUGAUUUGUUCCUUGUAAAUAUUAAAAUGACUCCCCAAUUCUUUUGCAGAAUUGCACUUAAUAUUGAACUGUACUGUAUAGGCACCAACAUGAACGAUUUUAAAUUGAAAGAAUACCAGUCAUACCUAUUACCCUUACCCCCUUGAUCAAAAAUGGCAGGCCCUCAUGAUGGCAUGGAAUUUAAAAUUAGAGUGCGAAAAGUAGCAGACAAUCCAUUCCUACUGUAUCUCUGUAUGAAUGUGUUUGUGUGAAUGUAUGUAUAAAAGUCUUACUUUUCCCUGAUUUGCUUUGGAAGUUUCCCUGAAACAUUUCCUAAUUGAAGACUAGAAUUGUAAAGGAAACAUGGUAUUGUGCCAACCCAAAUGUCUGGGAUAAUUAGGUUAUUAGUCUCCCGGAGUAUGGUAUUCUCUUGUGGCAAGCAACAGUCUGUUGAACGGAAUGGGUUUUUCUGUUGAAAGCUGGCUGCGUCAGCCUCUCUUUUAAGGGAGAGUGAGUCACAGUGGUUUUCCCCCCUGAUUUCAUUGUUCAGGUAUGAGGCAGAUCCUUAGAUUCUGGAGAGCUUUAUUUAAUGCAUUUUUUGCACUAAUUGGUCCUUGGUUUAAUUUUGUACCCCUUUGUUUAAAAAAAAAAAAGCUUAAGUGAAAAAAAUCUUUUUUAAAAAUAAGCAAAAGAUAAAAUUAGGCAAUUUUACAGACUAGGAAUGUUUGGCAAAAUACAAUAGGAAUUUAGCAUGGCAAUUUACGAAGUUUACAUCUUACUUCUGAGGAUAAAGUAAAUCGUUUAAAGCAGUUACCACUAGUUUUUUGUUUUGUAAAGGGUUUCUAUCUUGUGUGUGUAUAUGCAGGCACACACCUUGUUUACCUCUGCUCAUCAAAGUUUAAAAACAUACUGAUGGUGUUCUUAGAGACAUACAUGGGGCUUUCUUUACUGUAGAUCAGAAAUUCACCAGGGAGCAAAAUUGCCUGAAAAUGUAACAAGUUUUAAAUAGUUCUUAACAGAAAUUAGGUGCAGCUAUUCCUGUGUCUGAGUAUUUAUUUUUAAAAAAGAUUGGGCAGGGGAGGGGGUGUUAAAAACAUAAAAAGCAUAACUGAGCUUGAGUUACUAGAUUUUUUUUAAUCUUAAGAGGACAUUUGAAAACACUGUUCUUAACAUUGGACCAUGACAUGGUUCCAUUAUGUAAAUAUUUCAAAUAUUAAAAAUGUAUAUAUUUGAUCUUGGGGACUCAUUCUUUCAGAGUCUUGUUAAAUAAAUGGCAUCAUGUUGUAAUUAUGCGGUGCAUACUAGAAACUAAACUUGAAAAUAUGGGCUGAAUUUUUGACGGACUCGAUUUUUGAGUAUUAGUAACUAAAGGUCAGAGAGGCCGUUUGCCUUAUUUUGGAUUAAUCUAGACAUCUGUGGAGAUAUUCCCUCCUUUAGUGUUAUAAUAUUUUAAAUUGUGGUUUCUGAAGGGAAAAUUUUAGAAACAUGCUCCUUGCCAUUUACAAAUUCUUUUACUAGCCUUUUCUCAGAUUGACCCCCAGCAUAACUCCCUGUUCAAGCAGUUUAUUAUGGCUCUCUAUCUUCUCUUACCAUAUUAUUGCUUCUAAGGCAUCAUAUUAGGUUGUUUUUAUUUAGCCAGCAUUAGCAUGGAAGUUUAUUCAGGUAGAUUUAAUUUUCCUUGCUUUGGUCUCUUCUGCUCUUUCAAUUACAUUUACCUUAAAAGGGCCCUUGUGUGAAACCCUUGGGGGCACAUACCAUAUACUGCGUAACACUUCCAGUGAGAUUUGUGUCAGGAUCCCAAAUUUAUACAUUAACAUUUCUGCAGCAGAACAGGAAUGAUCACAGUCAGUGGGUUAAAGACCACUACAUUAAUAGCUUAAUGUCAGUUCAAGUCAGGUUUUGCCACAAAGGUUAAACUUCAGGGUUUUCAGAGUUCUUAUUUUUCAGGUUUGUAUAUAAAGAACUGGACAUGUAUAAGCUGGCAUAUUGUAGUGUCAGGAAGAAUACACAUAAGAAAAUUUUUACUAAAUUGCUUGAACUUUCUGGGUUGUCUUUACCAUUUGUCCAUAGGUUUAUUUCAACUUGGAAACCUUAGUUCAUCCAUAUUGCCCAUUCAGGUUGUUACAAAAUUAGAUGAAAGUCUUGACAACCAUUCUUGAUGUGGCAGUUAGGAAACCAAUGUGCUUUUUCCUCAUUUGACCCUGUAAAUAAAAUAAUUUUAAAUGU